UAUUUCAACCUAUUAUUAUAUCUCGGUGUGUAUAUAUAUACAUGCAAUACAAGAGGAACUACGAAAGAAAUUAAAUAAAGAAGCAUACAAGCUAAGCUAGUGAAGAGAAGAUGGAGUGUUAUUUAGAAGGAGAUGAUGAAGUAGUUCUGGAGCCAUGGCCUGCUAGUCCCUUUUCGCACUACAUGAACAGCUCUGUGUUGUCCUUCACCAUUAUUGCUGUUCUGGAAAUAGGUGUUCCAAUUGAAGAUGAUGAUUCAGUCAUCCUUUCUGAAAUCAGGGAUGUCUUUUUGCCCAUUAAUCCAAGGUUUUCCUCAAUCAUGGUGGCCGGGAAAAAUGGUGGGAAGAAUUGGAAACCGGUGAAAGUUAAUCUCAAAGACCAUCUCAAAGUCCCGAUAUUCCCCGUCGGGAAGCCGUUGGAAUUCUACGACGAUUGUUUGUCGGAGUAUCUGACGAAGAUAGCCAUGGAUCCAUUCCCGGAAACCCGACCGUUAUGGGAGAUUCACAUAUUCCGGUACCCGACGAGCAAUGCAGCCGGGAACUGUAUCUUCAAGCUCCACCACUCUCUCGGAGACGGAUACUCCUUGAUGGGAGCUCUUCUUUCUUGCCUUCAACGGGCCGAUAAUCCGGCCCUGCCGUUGACGUUUCCCCGGCGGGAGAGGAGCGGAAAGGAUCAAGGGAAGAAUAGCAACGCCGUGGCCAGGGCGGUCAAGGCGGUGCCGAGGUUAUUGUCCGGCGUUGUGGACACGGUGACGGAUUUUUCCUGGAGUGUUCUGAAGGGCAGUUUGAUUGACGACGACAAAACGGCGAUUCAUUCCAAGGAAGACGGCGUCGAGUUCCGUCCGAUUUCCGUUACUACCAUGCCGUUUUCGCUUUACGAUCUCAAACAGAUAAAAUCCAGUCUUAACGUCACGAUAAACGACGUGAUUUCGGGGAUACUAACGUACGGACUGAGAUUAUACAUGCAGGAAACCGAUAGAGAAACGUGUAACGCGGAAUGUACGGCACUUGUGGUGUUCAACACCAGGGCGAUGGGAGGUUAUAAAUCGGUGAGCGAAAUGAUCAAACCUAACGCGGAAAUGCCAUGGGGAAACCGGUUCACAUUUCUCCCCUUCACGAUACCCAAACUGCACGGCGAGUCGUCCAAUCCCCUCCGGUUCAUCUACAACGCCCACCGCAUGGUGAAGCGGCAACGGAAUUCCGCGUCCGUCUAUCUCACCAGCCAGCUCCUCGAAUUCUCCAGAAAGCUCAGGGGCCCUGAGGCAACUGCACAGUUCAUACAUGGAACGAUAAGGAACACAAGCCUUACGAUGACGAACAUGAUCGGUCCGGUGGAAGAAACCACCCUUGCUAACCAUCCAGUAAAGGGCAUGUACUUCGCCGUAUCCGGCGCCCCUUUGAGUUUAUUGGUGACGAUGGUGAGCUACGUGGAUAAACUUAGACUCACCUUUGUGACGGAGAAAGAUUUCAUAGAUGUGAAGAAACUGAAGUCAUGUAUUGAGUCUGCUUUUGAUGAAAUCUUCAGAUUAGCACUCAACUCUUCUCCACCUAGGCCACCAUCUGCAUGAAUAUAUAUACACUAAUACACAUAGUCUUACCAGUAUUACAUUCCUGCAUGCAUAUUCUUAUAUAUGCAUGUGUUAUGUGUAUGUAAUUUUGUGUUGUUUUCUCCAACAUAUGUAUACCUCAGAUCAGAGGUUAUGAGGUUAGCCGUGUUGAGUACAAGCAUAAGCUUAUAGUUUACCUUUGUGUUGAAACAAAUCACAUCCUUAUUCAGGUCAGACUCAUGUGAAAAGUUAUGAGUGCAACUAUGUCUAAGUGUUUGUGUGGUCUUUCAAAUAAUAAUCUCUUCCUUAUUUGGA